AUGUCCGGUCGCGGCAAAGGUGGUAAAGUAAAGGGCAAGGUCAAGUCCCGUUCCAACCGUGCCGGUCUACAGUUCCCCGUGGGUCGUAUUCACAGGCUGCUCCGCAAGGGAAAUUACGCCGAGCGCGUCGGUGCCGGUGCUCCGGUGUAUCUCGCCGCCGUGAUGGAAUACCUGGCCGCCGAAGUUCUCGAGUUGGCCGGUAACGCCGCACGCGACAACAAGAAGACCAGAAUCAUACCGAGACACUUGCAGCUGGCGAUCAGGAAUGACGAGGAGUUGAACAAGCUCCUGUCUGGCGUUACCAUCGCCCAGGGUGGUGUGCUGCCCAACAUCCAAGCGGUGCUCCUUCCCAAGAAGACCGAGAAGAAGGCUUAAGCGCGUCCGAACCAACCUCGAAGCGGCCCUCUCCCUCUCUCUAUCUACUACGACGACGACGAGGGGACGGGACCCCAACGUUAAAAAGGCCCUUUUCAGGGCCACAAAAUUGUUCAAUAAUCAUAAAAAAGUUUCUAACGGUUAAAACAAUCGUCGAUAUAUGUGUACUUUUGACAUAAUAUUAAUAAUUACAUAACUUACAUACAUACAUAUUAGCAAGCAAUUACGAUAUUAGUGCAAUAUUAUUAUUAUAAAACCUAAUAAUUAUUAUGGUGAAUAAAUAACAUGUCAUCACGUACACGUAUGUACCAACGAACCCCGAAAAGGGGU